CCUUGUGUGUCCCUGCAGCAGACGAGCAGUGCUCCAGCAGUGCAGUGCCCCCAGGUGUCAGGCCUGAAGCCAGAGGUGUCCUAUGGUCCUGAGGCCUUAGUGAUUCAGACAGAUUCUAAUAAAUAUUCUGCGAUUGCUGUGAAGGAUGGCGCCGGUUCUCAGACUUCAGAGACCGCCUGCGACUUCAACACGGCACCGAACACAGUCGCCACCUUAACGCAUGUCGGCUGGCUCUGUGGAGAUACUGUGUAUUUGAAUAACGACCAAGUAGCCGCACCUUCCUCUUCAGCGCUUCCUCAGAAUUAUUCCGGUUCAAGAAGAGGGAGGAAGCCAAAACACCUACAGGGGACCUUCACCAACACAGGGAGACCAGGCAGCCUCCACCCUGACAGGACUGGGCAAGAAGCCAUCCCAGGACCUUCCAGCUGCGAGCCAACAGUGCUAACCGCUAAUCCGACAGUCGGCACCUCGAGCAGACACCAGGAGCCAGACGAGGCGAAGCAGCCCUCCAAGAGGCCGCUCAACGCCUACGGGGUGUUUGUGAGGGAGCAGAGAGAGAGUAUCAGGGCGGAAUUCAACAAAACAAACGUCGCAGAUGUCAACAAAAUCCUGGGAGCGAAGUGGCGUGCCUUGAGCAUGCACGAGCAAUUCCAGUACUACACCAUCGCUCACAGGGAAAGUGACCUUGGGUCCCAAUAGGCUCCGCCUACUCAACCACGGACAGCUGUGAUUGCGGUGAGACAGCGGCGGCCUGUGAGACAACUGUGUUCAAAUCUUCAACUUUCAUUACUUUUUCUUUUUUAAAAUAAAUAAUUUUCUGAGUAUUUUCA